AUGGGGAACAAACACGGAAAGAGGAAAAACUACGAGUUAUGUGAAUUUCAAUUUGAGAAAGAGUUCCAAGUGAAGUUCCCCUGGAACGAAAUCGUCCAGUGGGGCAGCCAAGAUGUGAACGUAGACAUGACGCUCGCGGGCAUCGAAAAAACAAUAGAAGAAAUAAAAGACAUAACGACAGAUGAGGAGACCUAUUUUAAGAUGACCCAAGUGCAAUGCAUUGAUCCCUUUCACUUUGAUGACGACUUGGUCAUGUGGGCACAAUCCCUUUUGAAGGAAAAUAGGAACUUGCGAAGAAUUCGGUACAACCUGGUUCCGAGGGUCCUUAGCGAAAACGAGUUUUGGAUGCGCUACUUCUCGGCCAUAAAGCUCAUCGUUACGAAAAAUGCCUUUGAGGGGGAGCAGGGUGGGGGUGGUAUUCCCGGGACGUGA